AAACUGCGUUCGCAUCCAAUCGUUUUGGCAGUGACGCCGCAGUGGGCCGUCCAUCUGCGCGCACUCAUAAACGGAUGUGGUAAGUGUUGACUGUAGCUACUGUACGUACACAACUUGGAACAUGGCGGAAGAAGACGAUACAAAAAUUCGGAUUUUACAAAGUCUACGAGGAAAGAUAUGUGAAGGGAAGAAUCUGGGUGCAGGCUCUGGGUCAAAUCGCCUACGAGAUGUUGGCACCUUCUGCACCAUCAGUCUGGACCAGGAGGAGGUGUUCCGCACUAAAGUAUAUGAAAAGAGUCUGAGUCCAUUCUAUGCAGAAGACUUCUACUUUGAAAUUCCUCGGCCAUUCCAGUAUCUGUCUUUUUAUGUGUAUGCCAAGAGUGUGUUCCAAAGGGAUUUGCCAGUAGGGAAGGUGGCCAUCAGGAAGGAAGACUUGUGUAAGUACAGUGGAAAGGAGCACUGGUUUAUUCUACAGCCUGUGGAUCCUAACUCUGAGGUACAGGGGAAGGUUCAUCUGGAGAUGAAGCUUAACGAACUGAUCACAGACAACGGUCCUGUGUCUCCUCGUCUACAGGUCAGAAUAAUUGAGUGCCAUGGCUUACCUUUAAUAAGUGGGCAGAAUUGCGACCCUUUUGCCACUGUAACACUCAUGGGUCCUGCUAGGUCUGAUCAGAGGAAGACUAAAGUGAAGAAGAAAACCAGUGAUCCUCAGUUUGAAGAAACAUUUUUCUUUGAGGUAUCCAGGUCAAGCAGCUAUGGCAAAAAGUCACACUUCCAGGUUGAAGAGGAGGAUAUUGAGAAAAUGGAGAUCAAGGUGGAGUUGUGGAAUAAUGGUAAUUUGGCCCAGGAUGUGUUCUUGGGGGAAACAAGAGUAUCACUCAAGAUCCUGAGAAACAAUCUUGUACAUAAAGCAUGGUAUCUGCUGCAGCCGAGAGGCAAUGGGACGAAAGCUAAGCCUGAUGACCUGGGCUCCCUGCGGCUGAAUGUCAACUACACUGAGGACAAUGUUCUUCCAGCCACCUGUUACGAGGCUCUGCGUGACCUGCUGCUCAAAUCACCUGAUGUUAAGCCGAUCUCAGCAUCUGCCGCACAUAUUCUGUGGGAUGUGUGUAGGGAUCGGAAUGAUGCUUCACUGCCUGUAGUUCGACUAUUGCUACAUCACAACAGGCUGCUGCCUUUUCUCACUACUAUAGCUGCUUUAGAGCUGGAGAAUACACAAGAGGCUAAUACCAUUUUUCGGGGAAAUUCUCUAGCGACACGUGGUAUCGACGACAUGAUGAAGUUGGUGGGGCGGAGCUAUCUCACCAUCACACUCAAACCUGUGCUGGAUGAGAUUUGUGAAUCCAGUAAGUCCUGUGAGAUUGAUCCCAUCAAAUUGAAAGAGGGGGACAAUGUGGAGGUCAACAAGGAGAAUCUGCAGGGCUAUGUUCAAAAGGUGUUCUCCUCAAUCACCCAAUCCAGUGCCAGUUGUCCCCCACUCAUGUGCGAUAUGUUUAGGGCUCUCCGCCAACUCGCCUGCAAUCGCUUUCCUGGAGACCCUCAUGUCCAGUACUCUGCAGUCAGUAGCUUUGUGUUUUUGAGGUUUUUCGCUGUGGCUGUUCUGUCUCCUCACACAUUCCAGCUCCGACCACACCAUCCAGACCCCGACAUGUCCCGAACUCUCACCCUCAUCUCUAAAACCAUCCAGACUCUGGGCAGCUGGAGCAGUCUGUCAAAAAGCAAACUGUCUAGUUUUAAAGAAUCAUACAUGUAUGAUUUCUUCAAAUUAUUCCAAGAAGAUAAAUGUAUAGAAAAAGUUAAAAAGUUUUUAGAUGAUAUCUCCUCGAACAUAAGCAAAGGAACGAGUGGUGUGGAGGACUCAGUUGUGCUCAAGGAAGGAGAGGUAUAUAAGCGAACCCAAGGUAAAAAGCGUCUGGGGAAAAAGAAUUUCCAGAAACGUUGGCUUCAAGUCACCAAUCGGCAGCUGUCGUACCAUAAGCAAAAAGGGAAGGAUCCACUCUGUGUCAUUCCUGUGCAAAACAUCCGGGGAGUUGAAAAACUGGAUGAGGGUGCCUUCAACCGUAAAAAUAUGUACCAGGUAAUCCACAGUGAGAAGCUUCUAUAUGUGCAGGCUGGUAACUGUGUGGAGACUAGUGAGUGGAUAGAAGUCCUGAACCAGGUUAGCCGCUGUAACCCUGAACGACUCAGCGUUUUCCACCCAUCAGCCUAUGUGAAUGGAGCGUGGCUCUGCUGCAAGGGGACUGUGGAAAGUGUUCCAGGCUGCAAGCCCUGCACUGCAUCCACCCUGGCUAACAUCCAGCUGGAGAUUGAUUGUGAUAGGGAAACGGAGCGGAUCUUCUCCCUAUUCAACACCAGUUUGCCCCGAUUGCAGAAGAUGGAGGAUGCAUGUGCCAGUAUGUCGGUGUAUCUGGGUCAGCAGAAAGAGCAGGAGGAGUAUUCAGCCUUUAUUAUACAGGACCCAAAAGAGACCUUCCGUACGAUAAAAGAGAUCCGAGAUGUUGUGGAAGAGUUGACGGCUCACCAUGCUGCCAAAGGAGCACUCUCAGUCCAACCUGGCACCAUUGAGAAUCCCAUUGUGGGGAAAAUGUCUUAACAGCUCUGCCUCUGUGAAUGCUCUCAGUGCCACCUAGCUAAUGGUGCUGUGUUAUCAGCAACAGAGUGAAACAGCCCAGACUGCAUACCUGAAGAAUGUCAAGAGGUGCCCAGAUGUGCCCAGAAGUGGGUAGUGACCAGCUGGGUGCUGGUAUAGUCUGGUUUCCUGAUCCAGUUUAACGAAAGAGGCCAUUCAAGAAACUGGCAGCUCAGGUCAUCUAGUACAUAAAUCUUUCCUUCUUCUCUGUGCCUGUCUACCCUAAAGCUUGAAUGAAUGAGGGGGUGUUUGUUAAUUUACUUCAUCUGUUCGCACAAAUGAAAACAAACCCUCAAUUGGCUCUCCUUGCUGUCCUCACACUGUAACAGAUUAGACAGUAAACGGAGUCUGAGAGAAUAUGGCUGCUAAAGUAUGAACUAGAUCUUCAGUUUUUGUUUCUCAACAAUUGUUUAGACUGCGUUGAGUUUUAGUACAUGCCUUUUUAAAGGUCAACACUGUGGGGAAACAAUGUAUGUCAGGGAAUAUUGCUUCCAUUCUAUUCUCUGUAGUCUUUUCUUUUUCUCUACAUGGUAUAUCAUUUUGUACAUGAAGUUGUGAAAUUAUGGCUUAUAAAAUCAGUGGAUGUUCUUACAAUCCUACACGUGCCUUUUUGAUUAGGGACUAACACAAAAGCACUUUAGAUAUUUGGUAUAUUCCAAAUGAAAUUGUUUUAGAUACUUGGUAUCUUUUUUCAACUUUAUUGAUCAGUUAAAUGAUCACUGCUUACAUUGUUGUAGAUAACAUUCAUAUUCUGUAGAUAGCAUUCAUAUUAUGUAGGGAUUGAAUAGCUAUUUUUCUUAAGCCAAAGAAGUUGUUUUGUAGUGUUUGAUUUAAGAGUAUAAGUUUUAAUGCAGUUUUUCAGGAAAAGGAAAAUGGUUAUCUGUUUGUUUGUUAUUGGGUAACAUGACAAUAUACAUUUAUCUUUUUUAUGCAUGUGGAUACACAGUUAGGUCUACUUUGUGAUUUUGCAAAAAGAUUUUGGCUUUUUUCAGUUGUAGUUAUUUAAUCAGACCUCCUUACCUACUUAGUUGUGAACAUGUAAAAUAUUCAUUAAUACAACCAAACAUUAUCUCGCCUUUUACAAGCAUCCCCUCCUCAGACAGUGAUUGACUACUUUUGUUCUCACAGCCUAUUCAGACUAUAUCAGACCAGACAUUUCAGUCUCUCAUUUGUUGUUAUAUGAGCCACAGUUAAAGGUUUUAAUGUCUUUUUUUAUUGCUUCAAAACUCAAAACAUUCAUGGAAAGAUUCAAAAGAAACUUUGCCUUUUCUUUUUAUUUAUUUUAAUAUUUUGUAAAUGCAGCAUGGAUAAGUGAUGUUCGAAAUCAUGGUUUAAUGGUACGUCAUAUGUCUGUGGUACUAGGAGGAUCUACUGAGAUGUGAAUAUUUCUGGUAGCAUUUAUUAAGUCAUUAGUGGUACAGCUAGGAGAGUCCCUUUAUAGUAGUUUACUCUUUUGGUUUUCAUUCUGUGCUGGUGGCUACUUAAGUAUGCUCCUGCUGCCUCACAUUUAUUGAAUCAUAAAUGAAGGAUCCCUCUGUGGUCUGUUGUUUUCCAGUUUGUCAUCCUGCCAAAACCAUUUUUAUAAUGCAUGAAAAAUCAUGCAGUGGCCUUUAAGAAAAACCUAGUGCUAAUGAUGGAAUUUGUUUACUAUUCUAUAUUUAGCACUUAAAAACUGAUGUUUAUUCUACGAUGUUGCUUGUAUGUAAAGUGGGUGAUUGGCCUAUUUUAAAGACCAUAAAGAUUUGAAUGAAGAUGCAUUCUGUUUUAGAACAUGAACAUAGUAAAUGUUCUGUAAGCACAAUAGAGAUGAUUUUUUUUUAGCAGCAUCGUGGGAGACCAUUUCUCUCUGUGUUACUGUCUUGUUUCAGUUUUUUUUCCUAUUUAAACCUUUAAUAUAGAUGUUUUCUAACAAAUUCUAAAUUUUCCUAUUGCUUGUUCUAAAAAUUUGCAAUAAAAUCUUUUUCCAACUUAU